CUCACAUGUGCUAGGUAAGCAUACUACCACUGAGCCACAACUCCAGCCCCGCCCCAGCCCUUUUUUCUUUUUUUAUUUUGAGACAAGGUCUCACUAAGUUUCUGAGGCUGGCCUUGAAUUUAUGAUUCUCCUGUCUGAGCCUCCUGCACUGCUGGGAUUACAGGCAAAGGUCCCCUCCCCCACUCCACCUGCUCUUGUGGGUAGUGAUCUGUAUCAGGCCUCUUCACCUCUCUGAGCUUCAGCUUCCACAUAAGUACAAUGGCUCUGAGAAGGUAGGCCUAUUACAUUCUUCCAUGUUUGUAGGACAUAAAUUAUUGUGGUUGGUUUACUAGGAUUACUUCUUCUGGACCUGUGGAAGGCUGUAGGGUCUUGAGAUCUGGCCUCUUAGAAAGGUUGACUUCCUCUGUCCCCAACUUGGAAAUUUACCCCAAUGAAUUACUCCAAGGACUUCUCCCACCCCACCUUGCCCUAGGAGGAAGGGCAGGGGCCUUGGGAAUGUGAUACAUACUCCUAAGAGACACAAAUUUGGUGUAACACCUGAGCCUCCAAUCUGUUUUACAGUUCCCCAGUCCUCUGGUCCCCCAACCCCAAGGCGCUACCAUCAGCAGGCAGGCUCUAGUCCUCUGGAAAUCUGGGCAGCAUGAGAGGCAGUGUGUAUUCCAAGACUCUUAGCUCUUCUUUCCCAGGUCUCUACUUAAGUAUCUGAGGUGAGGGGGGGUAUUCCAAAUUCUCUACUUGGCCAUGCAGGGCACUGUGAAGGGACUAGGCCCUGAGGCUGCCCUCCAGGGAUAGCCCUAGCGCUAAUGGUAGACAGGCAAGGGUUAAAAGGUGUGGGCCGGCCCAGUUCCUGGCCAGGUAGGCUGGGCCAUUACCUAGUGGGAGGCAGCCAAGGCAUCCGCCACUGUUGCUCACUGCCACUGCCAGCCGAUUGAGACAACUAUUUUUUUUUUUCUGAGGUACCCGAAGCUACCCCACAGCACUCUCUGACAUUGGCAAGACUCCCGGCUGUGGCCCAUGGGCCUCUGAGGAGGCGUAAGUCUGCCCAGCUUCCCACUUGCUGUGUUCCCACUCAAUGGGAAGGGAACCAAGGCCUUGUCCACCAUCAGCCACGGCCUCCUGACAACACCAGGAUGGAAGUUAAAGGUCAGCUGAUCAGCUCUCCUACCUUCAAUGCCUCAGCUGCCCUUUUUGGAGAGGCUGCCCCCCAGGUGAAGUCAGAGCGUCUGAGGGGACUGCUUGACCGGCAGCGGGCCCUGCAAGAGGCCCUGAGCCUGAAACUUCAAGAACUCCGAAAAGUGUGUCUCCAGGAGGCGGAGCUGACUGGCCAGCUGCCCCCUGAGUGCCCACUGGAACCUGGCGAACGGCCCCAGUUAGUGCGCCGUCGGCCCCCUGCAGCCCGUGCCUACCCUCCACUGCAUCCUAAUCCAGCACAUCACUCCUUGUGCCCUGUUGAGGAGCUGGAACGGGAAGUGUCGGUGCAGCAGCAGAUUGCAGCCGCUGCCCGACGCUUGGCCCUAGCCCCUGAGCUGAGUGGUGAACAGCGGCGACGCAGGCGCCAGGUACAGGCGGAUGCACUGAGGAGGCUGCAUGAGUUGGAGGAGCAGCUGGGGGAUGUCCGGGCCCGCCUUGGCCUCCCAGUUCUCCCUCCCCAGCCACUGCCGCUGUCUGCAGGGGCACUUAUCACCACCCAGGGAGUCUGCCUGGGCACACGCCUAGCUCAGCUCAGCCAAGAAGAUGUAGUUCUGCACUCGGAGAGCAGCUCCCUGUCAGAGUCUGGGGCCAGCCAUGAUAAUGAGGAACCCCGUGGCUGCUUCUCUCUGGCAGAGCGCCCCUCACCACCAAAGGCUUGGGACCAGCUGCGAGCAGUAUCUGGGGGGAGCCCUGAGCGACGAACCCCAUGGAAACCACCUCCUUCAGAUCUUUAUGGGGAUCUGAAGAGCCGGAGGAACUCUGUGGCCAGCCCCACCAGCCCCACACGCUCGCUGCCCAGGAGUGCCUCCAGUUUUGAGGGGCGAAGUGUGCCUGCCACCCCUGUCCUCACCCGGGGCACUGGCCCCCAGCUCUGCAAGCCCGAAGGCCUCCAUUCUCGACAGUGGUCCGGCAGCCAAGACUCCCAGAUGGGCUUCCCCCGGGCGGACCCUGCCUCAGAUCGCGCCUCCCUCUUCGCAGCUCGCACUCGCCGCAGCAACAGCUCUGAGGCCCUGCUGGUGGACCGGGCUGCUGCUGGGGGAGCUGGCUCUCCGCCUGCCCCUCUGGCUCCCCCUGCCACUGGCCCACCAGUCUGCAAGAGCAGUGAGGUGCUGUAUGAGCGCCCCCAACCAACCCCUGCCUUCUCCUCUCGCACAGCAGGGCCCCCAGACCCUCCCCGGGCCGCCAGGCCUAGCUCAGCUGCCCCUGCUUCCCGUGGAGCCCCCCGGCUCCCACCUGUGUGUGGGGACUUCCUCUUGGACUAUUCCUUGGACCGAGGCCUGCCCCGCAGUGGCGGCGGGGCAGGCUGGGGGGAGCUGCUGCCUGCAGCUGAGGUCCCAGGACCACUCUCCCGCCGGGAUGGGCUCCUCGCCAUGCUCCCUGGCCCACCACCCAUGUAUGCAGCUGAUGGCAGCAGCCCCCUCCUCCGCAGCAAGGACCCCCACACCCGUGCCACCCGUACCAAGCCCUGUGGCCUGCCCCUGGAAGCUGCUGAGGGUCCAGAGGUGCAUUCAAACCCUCUGCUAUGGAUGCCCCCACCCACCCGGAUCCCCCCGACGGGUGAGCGCAGUGGCCACAAGAACCUUGCCCUGGAGGGGCUGCGGGACUGGUACAUCCGGAACUCGGGACUGGCCAUGGGGCCCCAGCGCCGGCCUAUGCUCCCUCACGUGGGCCCACCACACCCACCCUUCCUUCAUGCCCGCUGCUAUGAGGUGGGCCAGGCGCUGUAUGGGGGCCCCAGCCAGGCUCCGCUCCCGCACUCGAGGAGUUUCACGGCACCCCCUGUUUCCAGCAGAUACUACGCGGACUUCCUGUACCCCCCGGAGCUGAACGCUCGUUUAAGUGACCUGACGCUAGAGGGGGACCAGUCUUCCAGUUCUGACCCCCAGACCCCAGGGACACUGGUCUGACCCCUUCUGAUAUGCCCCUUGUUGGUCUGGGCAUGGCUCUAGUCCUGGGAGCACAGAGCCGACCUCGCUGAGCCCUGGGAUGUGGUUGCUCUCACUCCUGGGAGGGGCGCCAACCUGAUCUUCCAAGGCCCCUGGCUCCCCAUGGGCCCGGGAAGGUGUCUAAUACCCUGCUUCUCUCACACUGUGCUGGGGACUGGGGGACCUCAGCCAGCUUCAAGGAGAGUGAAUGAUGUAAUGGGGAUUCCAAUCCCCUUCCUCCAUUUCUGUUUACAGUUGUGAUUUAGUAUUCACUGUCUUUGCCCAAUAUUAGGCAUUUUAUAAAAGGGAAACUGUGAGCUCGUCCUGGUUGGGUUCAUUCCUGUUCCCCUGCCCAACCUGUUCUGUUCAGGUCCGCUGCCCCCUCCAUAAUGGACCAUAUAGGGUCUUAGGACCCUUUUGGGGGGUAGUCAGGAGACUCUGUUGUGAACAGAACUCCCUGCCACUCCCCAAACCAGGGCAGUUUGGAUUUCUGCCCACAUUUGGAAGGAUUAAAUUCUGGGUGGGGUGCCCUAUCCCUCUCUGUGCUGAUCAUUCCCAAUCAGGAGGCCCUGUAGGAGGCUAACAAGGGGCAGAGCCAUUCAGUAUAUUGCAUCCUGGGAUGCUGUGGUGGUUGAACCUGGCAUCUGGUAGAUGCCAGUACAAUCCUCAGGUGACGUCUGGCCACAGGCCACGUCACAUCCUCCUUGGCUUUCCUUCAAUUCAACACUUUUUAAACAAAUCCAUACAAUCUGUGUUUUCUAUGAUACCUGUCUGUGACUUUCUGGAGCUGGGGGUUCCCCUACCCCCUUUACCUAGUGUUAAAAUUUUUCUUUUUGUACCAGUGGAUCUGGGCCCAAGACACUACCCACACUGGAAGGGGAUUUCUAUAAUAAAUGUGUAAACUGAA